ACAAAGUGAGAUCAUUAAUUUAUUUAAUUCCAAGAAGUAACUUUUUUAGAUUAAAAUCAACUGAUUAGUAUCAUAUAGUUUUACCUAGACAAUAUUUAAUUAUGCCGGAAGAUAAGAAAUCUAACCGUAAAAAUGACCCAAAAGAGCAGAGACGGUCACGACGUCGUAACGAUCAGCAAGUCGAAAAAAAAGAAAACAAACAGCCAGCAACAAAAGGUCAGCCAGUACCAGUGCAAAAGGAAUCCGAACCUGCUAAAGCUCCAGGUCCAGAUAAGCCUGCAUAUGAACCUCCUGGACCUGAGUUUUAUAAAAACCUUAAGAGGGAGACGGAUGAAAUUCUUAAAAUAACGGAGGAAGCUAACUCAAAGUAUAAGAAAAAGGAGAUACAAAGUAAUUGGGCAAAAUAUGAAAUGCCAAUUGAGAGUUACAAUGAAAUUGAGGAACAGGAGAAUAUGGGUGCUGAUUAUGAGGCUCUAAUCCAAGCGCCAUUAUCAGUUGGAGGACAUUUUCAAUUCAAACAUGAAAAGUCAUGGGAUAUUACUACAGGUCCUUCUUUAUAUGAUAAAUAUUUCGAAAUUGAUAUGGACAAUUUAGCUAUAGCUCUAUCCACGAUACCAUUUUAUGAAAGAAAUAGUAUUGAUCAAUCAUUAUUCAGUGAAACAGACAUUUUGAAUAUGAAUAACAGAGCUACGAAAUUUAAACAAAAAUAUUACAAUGAUAAAAGUUAUACUACACCAGAAAUGGAAGCACAAGAAAGAAUUUUACAGAAAUUAAGAGAAUCGGAUGAAAAAGAAAGUAGUAUGUCUGAAGAAAAAGUAGAAGUGACACCAAAAGAUGUUGAUUUUACAAAUCUUGAGAACAAAAAUGAAACAGACAACCAAAAAAUGACAACUAAUGAAAUAACUUCUAGUCCUAGUCCUGUUAAGUUUAAUGAAAUUACUAAAAUCGAAACUCAACCUGAAAAUCUUGAUACUAAGGAGAUGGAAUAUGAUAAACCAUUUGCGAAAGUAGAAGAAAAAGUUAAUAUAAAACAAAAAUCUGUGGACAAUAAACAUGCAGAUGAUAUUGAUGAAAUAAUAGCUGUUAUUGAUAACAAAAAUGUAGAAAGCCAAGUAAGAUCUAACCCAAAAGCAUCAGUAAAUACCGCAGCUGUGAAAGUGGUUGAAAAUAUCAGUCCAGUAAAGGAGCAGGCACCAGCAAAGAAUCCUGUGAUCGAAUCACCCGAAGAUCUAGAAAAAUGGCUUGAUGAUUUCUUAGAUGGCUAAAUUAUACUUCACCAACAAUGUCUUGUACUUUUUU